AUGCGGUCGCCCUGCGCGGCGAGCGACUUCGUCGAGCAGGGGGUCAUCUUCGACAUCGGCGCCUUCUGCGCGGCCCUCGCGGCCAAGGGCCCGGAGGACCUGGAGGCCGUCGCCGAGUGCACGCUCGUGGGGCUGGACACGGACGCGGAGCCGACGCACGAGCUGGGCCUCGUCCUCCCGGCGCUCGAGCGCCUGCGCCUGCGCCAGUCGACCGUGCGGUCCUUCCGGGACUUUGGCUGCGACCUCGGGCGGCUCCGGGUCAUCCACGCGGCGCGGUGCGGCGUCGCGGAUUUGGACGGCCUGGGGUCCAUCUUCACGCUCGAGGAGCUCUACAUCUCCUUCAACGACGUCGAGGACUGCACGGCCCUGGCGCUCCACGACGAGCUCCAGGUUUUGGACCUGGAGUCGAACCGCGUCGCGGCCGCGGCCGAGGUCGCGACGCUCGGCACGUGCGAGAAGCUGUCGUGCCUCACGCUCCUCGGGAACCCCGUCGUGGGCGCCCUCGAGGCGAGCGGCGGCUACGCGGGCGGCGUGCUGGCGCGCGUGCCCCACCUCGAGGUGCUCGACGACGCGCCCGUCGGGGUCGCGCGGCGCGACGCCGCCGCGCCCGUGGACGUCGUCGACCUCGCGGGCCCGGCCGACGAGGCGGCGCUCGACGACUUCAUCCGCCAGGAGAGCGCCGUGGUCAGCGAGGCCAUCAAGGUCUUCCGGCCGCGCACGGCCGACGCGGCCGCGGAGUCGCGCGCCGGUGCGCCCGCGCCGCCGCCGGGCGGCCGGCCGACGAGCGCGCACUCCUGCUGGGAGGAGAUGUGCGACCUGCGGGGCGCCGCGGCGGGCGGCGCCGCGGCGUCGGCCGACGGCGCGGCCGGGUCCGACCUCACGCGCGGCGGCAACGGCCCGCUCUCGGGCAACAUAUUACGGGGCCUCCGGAAGUCGCGCGCGCCGCGGCCCGUCGACGAGGACGCGGGGCUCGAGGGCGUGCGCCGCCGGGCGGAACACGGGACCCGGGCGCGGCGGCGGGCGCCCGCGCCGGAGACGGCCGCGAGCCCCGUGACGGACCUCGUCCGCGAGCUGCUGCAGACGACCGCCGCGGGCGCGCCGGAGACGGCGUCGCCGGCGGCGACGCCGCCGCGCGCCGAGGCGCGCGCCAUGGCCCACUCGCUGUCGUCGCCCGCGCUCGGGUCGCCGUCGCGCGGUGCCGCCGUCGCGCCCGCGCCGUCGCACGUGCCCAUCACGUCCGUCCAGAAGCAGGCGCUGGCGCGCAAGGCGCCCCAGCGCAAGAAGAAGCUUCAAGGGGUCAGCAUCAGCCACAUGGACCUCGCGCGCCGCGCGGCCGGCAGGGCCGACCUCAACCGGAAGGUCGAGCAGCGCAAGCUGCGCGUCUACGACUUUAGCUGCCCCGAGAGCGAGAAGCACGUCUGCGCCUGCCAGCUGCGCUGCGAGAACCCCAAGGGCAAGCAGUGCCAGAAGGGCAUCGCCGUCUGCGCCAAGCACGCGGCCCAGGGCUGCGCCUACGUCGUGACGAACCCCUCCGGCGAGUGGGCGACCCUGAAGCGGCUCCCGACGGCCAAAGAGGAGGCCGAGUUCCGCUACCCCGGCAAGGACUUGGACGCGGCGGGCCUCGCGGCCGAGCGGCCCGCGCUGGAGCGGGAGGGCCGAGCGCAGCGGGCGAACUACUCGGCCGCCGGCGGCUUCGCGGGCGCCCUGCGGCGCGGCGGCGUCGACGCCCUGACCCUCGGCGGCGACCCGCUCUGCGGGUCCGCGGGCGCCGCGGCCGUCGCCGCGCUCGGCGCGGAGCGCCCGACGGUUGCCCUCGUCGCGCUGAGCUACCGCACGCCGGCGACGCUGCGGCGGUCCGUCGUCUCCUGGUGGGCGUCGGGCCUGCUGGGCCUCGUCGACGAGCGGAUCCUGUUGUUGAACGACCCGGCGCCCGCGGAGGUCGCGGUCGGCGUCCGCUUCGGCUUCGACGUCAGGCUGCCGUCGGAGCUGGGCGCGCGGUCCGGGCCCGGCGCGGGCCAGCGGCCGCCGCUGCCGGGCCCGCGGCUCCGGGCCGUGAAGCCCGAGGUGCUGACCAUCGGCGCGGCGUUCGCCGCGGCGCUCGUCGCGGCGUCGUCGACGCACGUGCUCUUCCUGGAGAAGGACUUCGGCGUCGCGCCAUCCCACAACCCGGACUCGCUCGCCCGCGAGCUCGCGGCGUCCGUCGUCGCGCUCCGGCGCGGCGCGGCGAUCGUGCGGCUCCGGUCCAUCACGGACCAGGGCUGCGGCACGUUCCGCCGGUGCCAGAGGGACGCGAACAUGCCCGACUGGAAGGCCCAGACGACCUUCGGCCGGCGGCGCAACUGGUGGUCCUUCUACUGCCCCGAGUUCUCGAAGCCCGGAUCCGUCGCGGACUGCGAAACCGGCGGCGACGUGACACUCCGGUGCUUCACGUCCUGGGACUCGAACUGGUCGCUGAACGCCGUGCUCGUGGACCGCGAGUCGGCGCUGGAGAAGAAGUGGAAGUACGCGCGCAAGGGCGCCGCGGGCAAGUUCGGCCCGGGCCUCGCGCUCGCGCAGUACGCGGCGGCGACGUGGCAGAAGCAGGACGGCUUCGAGGUCGGCAUGCUCAAGGACGACUGGGGCAAGCUCGACAUGCCCAUCUGCCUCUCCUUGCGCGGCAUCUUCGAGCACGUCGAGGUCGACGGACGAAGCUGUCACGCGCGUGACGUCAAAACGAUAACCGCACCACGCUACGCAAUGAAGCUCGCGCUGCUCUCGAUCACCGGCGCCGCCGCCCUGAGCGGCGUGACGACGACGACGGACUGGACCGCCGCGCGGACCGCGCUGCGGCAGCGCGACGUCGGCGCCGUCGUCGUCGAGGGCGCCGCGGCGCCCGCGGACGCCUGGCGCGGCGCCAUGGAGGGCGACGCGUGCGCCGCCGUCGACGUGUCGUGCGAGGCCUGCGACUGCGCCGUCGCCGCCGUCCAAAGCGCCUUCGCGCCGCUCUGGGGCGCGGCGGACGCGGACGGCGCGGCCGCGGCACAGAUCGUCGACCUCGCGCGGUGCUACGACCGGUGCCUGGCGGACAAGUCGGACGGCGGCCGCGUGCGCGUGCGCGCGACGGUCACGCGCGGCCGCGCGACGGCGCCGUGCCCGAAGCUGCACACAGACUUUGUCGCGCUCCGUGGCCUCGUCGCGCUCGAGGGCCCGGGCACCGUCGUCGCGCCCGAGGUCAACCUCGCGGUGAGCAACCUCAUGCCGGCGUGGAUGGUCGCGCGCAUGGACCGCGCCGAGGGCGCGGCGACGGUGUCGCCGGCGCGCGGCGCGUUCCUCCUCGUCAAGGGCGAGAGCUGGGGCUUCGGCCACGCGGCCGCCGCGCACCGGAGCCCGGCGGCGACGGACGCGCGGCGCGUCCUCCUCGCCUUCGACCGGCUCUGCGACGUGGAGUAGGGCGACAAAAGGG